AAGGGCAUAAAAAAAAAGUAAAAAAACAACAGGGGAAAAAACGCUUUCAAUCUUCAUCCCUUACCUUGGUUAGAUUCUGAAAUCCUAGCUUUCUGAGUAAAAUUGAGCACAUAGAUCGAACUAUUGGAGCUUGAAUCGAGAGAUUAAUGGAGAGAAGGAAGCCAUCAAUCGAAUUCUUCGAGAUUUUCCUCAUUCUAGGGCUUCUCAUUUCCUUCCCUCGAAAUCUCUCCGCUCUCUCGAUCACAGUCAACGACGUCGAGUGCGUAUACGAAUUCGUUCUCUUCGAAGGCGAUACGGUUACUGGGAAUUUUGUCGUUGUUGAUCAUGACAUCUUUUGGGGCUCAGAUCACCCUGGAAUCGAUUUAGUGGUGACUUCUCCAGGAGGCAAUACGGUACACACAGUGAGAGGAACUUCUGGUGACAAGUUUGAAUUCAAGGCUCCAAGAGCUGGAAUGUACAAGUUUUGCUUUCAUAAUCCACAGAAAACACCAGAGACUGUAUCUUUCUACAUUCACAGUGGGCAUGUUCCCAACGAGCAUAACCUUGCUAAAGAUGAGCAUUUGGAUCCCAUACAUGUGAAACUUGCUGAGCUUAGAGAGGCACUGGAAUCUGUUACAGCAGAACAAAAAUACUUGAAAGCACGCGAAGUUCGUCAUCGGCACACAAACGAGAGCACAAGAAAGCGCCUGAUCUUCUACACAAUAGUGGAGUACCUUAUGCUGGCAGGCGCGAGUGCACUUCAGGUGAUGUACAUACGGCGUCUGUUCAGCAAGUCGGUGGCAUACAACAGAGUAUAAUCGUGCGCAAGUUGUAUCAUCCUCAGAUAUUUAUUUUGCCCUUCGUCAUAUGUAUUCCUUUGUUUUCUCCCUAGAUUUUAUUUUUAAACAUAACAUAUUGUUGGCUCUAAUUUCUUGGGAAUUUAGUUUGCUUACUUCUGUUCUAGACUUUUGUAUGAUCUCAGAAGGGCCAUUUUUAUUUUGUGAUGAAUUUAAACAUAUGUUGAUUAGGAAAAGUAAUGUAUGACGUGCUUCAUCUAGUUCCUUUGGUACCAGCAUAAGGUUAUUUGA